UUGAAAAAGUAAUGGAUGCAACGAUCAUAUCCACUGUAAAACAUCUGAAAGCAAGAUUCAGUAGCCUCCUAGGGGAGAGUGCUUCUGGGUCUGACACAGCCAAGGCUGUCAAAUGUUUCAACAUUUUCAAUCACGAUAGCUGGCCAGAGAACCAAGAAGACUUAGUAGACCAUGGUGCUGAUGACCUUGCAUUUCUCUUGGAUCACUUCUCCACAGUUCUGAGAAGAAAUGGUGUAAACACUGACCUUGCAAAAGAAGAGUUUGUGGGCUUAAAGCUAUUAAUUGCAAGGAUGUUCCAAGACAAGACCUACCUCAGCCUUUGGGAGCUCAUGCUGACCAGAGAGCCCUACUGCUCACAGUACAAGAACAUCCUGCAUCUUGUACACAUUAUGCUGGUCCUCCCUGUCUCAGCUGCAGUUUGUGAAAGAGGAUUCUCUGCACAGAAGAGGAUCAAAUCAGACACUAGGGCAUCCCUCCAUUCAGACACAGUAGAAGAUCUGAUAAGAAUCAGUGUAGAGGGACCAAGUCUGGAAGAUUUUGACGCUAGAGAGUGUGGGAAGCUGGUUUAGCCAAGGCCAAAGAUCAAGAAGGCCAAACUUCCUUAGUUGGCCAUCAGAGGGGCAUGUGACUGCAAUUGAGGUCCAUAGUCCAUAAGACCUGGAGCCAUGAGAUGUGUUUGAAGUUUCAGUUUAAAACACUUAAUUUAGAUUUUCUUUUUAUUUCACUUAUCUUCUGAUGUUUUAAAUUUAAAUCGCAGCUCAGUGAAGCUGCAAUAAUUAUUCAAAUAAAGAACUUUAUGUUGACCAGAUUCUUAGUUCAUCAUUUACAAGUCAAUAUUGCCUAUAUGGACAGCUAUUUAAAAAACGUGAACCUGUAAAACUGCAGUGUUGAAUGCGAUAUGGUUGACAAUUUGGGUGCACCUAACUUUUGUGCUGGUGCACCUAAGAAAAAAAGUUAGGCGCACCAGUGCAACCAGUGAAAAAUGUUAGUUUAGA